AAACAUUAUUACUUGAACCUGUCCUAUAAUCUUCUGGUAUGAAUAAGCUAAUUAAACGGAUAUAAAUCAGAAUAUUAUAUUCAAAAUUAAAUAAACAAAGUAGGUACCUAACAUUUUAACAAACUACCUAACUGACAUGCUUGACUUACACGUAGUUAGUGGUUCUAAUAUAAAUAAAAAUUCAGGACAAAUAUCUUGAAAGCUUCCUUAAGUAAGCAAAUAAGUAUUUAUUAUGAUUCACCUAAGUAAAAGAUUUUCUAAGUUCCACAAAGUUUACAAAUCAUCCACCUGUUGGACGGCUUUUUCGCAAACAUUACGUCGUACUGGAAGUAUUGAUUUUUCAAACUGAGCAUGCUCCGCCGCCGUGCCUACGUAGGACUCAGAUAAGAAACGAACUCCCACUCAAAUAAGCAGUUAUUCAUAAUUUACUAAACAUAUAAAGGAUUUUGUGAAGUUCCUUGAAAUUUAAGUUUUUGCAAAGAUGUGCUUGAUUCACUUGAGUGGCGAUUGUGAGUUAUAUGUAUUGUAAGUUUUAAAAUGGAGGAAUUGCUCCAGGACAUUUUCAAAGAGGCAACAGGAGUCAAGUUCACAGCUUUGAGGAAAUCAUGUCAGGAUGCACUGGAAGCGCUAUGUAUGCAAGAAAGCAAUGCACGUCGUCCAUCGUACGAGCUCCGUCGUGCGUGUCUGCUGCCUCUGCAGACCGCGCUGGAGACGAAGCGCCCGAGGCUCGUCACCUACGCCCUGCAGGGCUUCCACAAAAUCCUCCGCGAUGAUCGGUUCCACCGGGGAAUCGAACCUGAAGAUGACUCUUUAUGGAUGCCGUCACAACUUCUAUGUGCGACUGCCUCCGUCAUGUACCACUUGCCUGAUACACAGGUACAAAUCUUCCGCAUGUACCUAUCCCUGGCGUUGUCUCCACGUCGCACGUUGAACGGUCGGCUGUGCGUGUGGGCGUGCGGGCGCUGCGGAGAGGCGGCGGCGGCGCCCGCGCACGUUGCCGCAGCAGCUAGAGCUGCGGCUGCACAAGCGCUGCGAGCAUAUUGUGCUCAGUUAGAUGAAGAAUGCCAAGAGCUACUGUCGGAAGGGUCUCCGCUCGGCAGAAAUCACAUCGUGGCCGUAGGAUGCUACAGCGAAGUCAUUCCCGUCAUACAAUAUCUUUGCAGUAGACUCUCUGAAACACAAACGACUCCAAAGCAGAAUCCGCUGGCCCUAUUUUUCCUGGAUUGUCUUCUUACUCUGAUGUCGAGCCUGUCAGAGCGAGUGAGCGGCAACUCUCACUUUACCACGUUCCUGUGGCAAAAGUUCUGCCCAUCACUCAUCUCGUUCCUCGGGACACCAAGAGUGGAUAAGAACAUAAAAUCGAGGGAGCACGAAGGUCAUUUAGUCGAUGACUCUGGCAGAGGAUCAGGUGCUCUUAACUCAGCUCCUAGCUUCAACAGCAAGCAGGCCAAAGCAAUUUAUAGUAUUGCGAACCAGUUAGUCCGAUUAGUGGGCUCAACAUCGAACCUACGACCGGUGCUCGAGGCUCUUUACCAUCGGAUGCUACUGUACCCCCCGGUAUCACACCGUGUGGAACCUCUGAGGAGUACCAGAGAGCUGCUGCAAAACCCCAAGAGACUGUGCCAGCUGGUGCUGUUAAAGAAAGUUGAUAACCAUGAACGACAUAGUGAUGACAUGGCUAUUGUGCGGCUUAUCAUGGAUGGAAUUGAAGAAUGUGGUAGAAGCGGCAACCCGGAAGUAGUGGCUGCAGCUGUGGAAUGUAUGGUAUCUUUACUCGAUGCGCUCGAAAAACUGUGUUCUGGUUCUGUGGAGUACGUGGCGCCUGAAAUAGCAACGCUGAUGCUGAGUCACUGGCCGAAACUGCACGAUGCUGACUAUACGGGACCUCUUACUUAUCAGACUUUAGCUAGACUACCGAGCCCAUAUAGAGAUGUGGUAGCCGUGUUACAAAGUACUGAAACAAAAGAACACGACUCAUCAGACACUUCUGGUCCAGAAAACGUUACUUCAGGGAGUGACGGCGAAGCAGAUUCGGAUGCUGAUAAUGUCUUCCUACCAUCACGAGCUCGCAAUCCCUCGUCAAAUGAUAAUGAAAAGAACUCUGUUCCUGAUAAACCGAAAGCCGUACCAAAGACGCUGAACCUUGGCAGGUGUACGAUCACAGAAUGCAAUGUGGACUUAGAGAGACACAAUGCUAGACAGUUCGUCAAAACUCUUCAGAACUCAUUGUUACCUAAACUGAUGAAUCUACGAACGUGCAUAGAGGUGGACGAAGCAAUGCAAGAGUUUGCAUCUAAGUGCUGCCAACAUAACGCGGCCCAACCCCCAGCCACUGCUUGCAUUAUGAACGCAGACGGGGUAUACCUUGCUACUUACGCAGCACUGCUACUAACCUUACGACAACGGAGGACUAAUUAUUACAACCAACCUAGUAAGGUCCAAGUUUCCUUAACAGAAGACGAAUUUGUGGAAGAGGUGCAAGGCAGUGGUGUGCUCGUGUAUUUAUCGGCAACGUGGCUAAGGGAACUGUACCAACAAGUUCUGGCUGCUGAUCUGUUGAAAGAUGUUCCAACGUCUGAUCACCCAUUGGUGCAUUUACUGUCAGAUCUUGGAGGAUUGGAUCAGAGCCCAGUAAUGUCGGACUGGCAGAAAUUAAAAGAAGUAUCCCAGUUGUAUACUUACACCAACGACUCGCCACAGCAUCAAGCAAGCUUACGAUGGGCUCGAAGGAUUUUGACCUGUAUUUGGGAUUCAAUGGUAACAGUUUUGAGCGUUCCUCUAACUGGAUACAGGAACAAAAAACAUAAGUUGCAUGGAAUCAUUUCGAAAAAAAUUAAUACGUUCGGAAAGAGAAAGCGUAUUGCUUGGGAAGGGCUUACUAUACAAUGCCUCGAGGGAUUACACAAAGCUGCAAGAGUAAGCAACACAUUGAGUCUACAAAACAGGUGCAGUAGUAUACUGGCUUUAUUAGCCAACUCCGCCAUCUCACAGCCUCCAAACGGCAAAAUACUUUCAACGCAUGCUUUAUCAUUGGAUAUAUUGAUAACAGGUGGUUUAGAGCUUGGUUCGAAAGCUCCAGAAUGCUGGGAACACAUAUUUGCAGCAUGCCAGUACGUUUCGAGCUUUGAACACUCGUUGUUUGGGCAUCAAGGGAACAACGCCACGCCGAUAGUGACGAUGCAGACUGGUAGAAAUAAAACUGUCUCUAUACUACAAGCUGACGCUAAACUUGGACUUGACGGGAGAGACGAUGAAACUUGCGUCGACGUCUUUAACUUCUUGCAGCCAGUAUUCGAGAACAACAUCAACAAUGACAUGUCAGUUGCGAAAAUAGUCGAGACAUGUCGACAAGAGGGAGGUAACGUAAUAUCUGGUUCUGGCGCGGCGCGGGUCUGCUGUGCCCUGACUGCAGCAGCUGACACGCUGUUCACACGACUGGCUGCUACCACUACGUUACCCACUCUGAAAGCAGCACUGCAGCGACUUGUAGCGCAUCAACAUCGCUUAUUGUUUUGCACAUGGGAGCAAGACGUCGCUAACAACAACGUGUGGUGGUGGCGACGGGGUUCGAGCGGUGCAUCCAAGGGCGCAAGGGGCAGCGGGGGCGCGGGGGCGCGCGGCGCGGGCGGCGAGGCGGCACGAGCGCUCUGUCGGGCCGGGGAUGUAGCACUGCGGUGCUUAAGGGCUGCGAGACCACUAGCUCAUCGCAUGGCUAUUUGGACUGUAGUUGGGCCACACUUCAUGCAGGCUGCUUGCCAUAAAGACAUCCAAAUCGCGAGCCUAGCUAUCCAGUGCCUGCACGACUGUGCCACGGCUCUGCUGAACCAGCAAGUGGAACUACCUCACUUCCACUUCAACGAAGCACUACUAAAACCCUUCGAGAACCUUCUCUGCUUAGAACUAUGCGAUGAUGAUAUACAGGAACAAAUAAUAUCCUGUAUCUGCGAGUUUGUUGAAACAAACAGAAUGGAAAUCAGAUCGGGUUGGCGACCAUUAUUCAACACGCUACGAGCCGCUAACAAUUCGAACCAGUACUCUGCAAUACUGGAAAUAUUCAAAGUAUUUCUCAGUACUGACAAUACUCUCGUUUUCGCAAAUGCUGCGCUUGAUUGCAUUCUAUGCCUUCUAAGCCAUAUUAAAGGGUUACACUACGAUGAAGUACAAGCAGCUGAAGUAAAACCAAAGAAAGCUACUACACCUACACAACCAAAACCUAGCCUUAGUCUGAAAUUCUCCAAGAACAGCAAAUUUAUUCCACUCAGUGAAGAAAAAUCUGAAAAAGUCAUCGUAGAUAUGUGCAGAGAAGCGCUAUAUCACUUAGAGAGCUGUGCAGAUAUUUUGACCAUGAUGUACAAUAUGCCAAAAUGUCCAAUCUUCAACACAGGCAACAGAAUCAAAGGAGACAUGCCGCUUUGUGUCGUUGAUCCAAUAAUCCCCAGCUCUGGCCUAGACAUUACGAAGUUCAUACCAAGUGAAUAUUUUGAAGAAGAUGUUAUUUCUUAUAGGAAAUUAUCUACAAGUCUUCCACCUUCCAACACAACCAAUAACUGUCUCUUAAAACUAGAUAAACCGAGCAACAUACUUAAAGUAUGGUACGUUCUUAUAGAAGGGUUGAUUUCAGCUACGGUUGUUUGUUCAAAGAAGAAUCAACCAGCUGCAAUGGAAACCUUGUUCAAACUGUUGAGAAAUACAGUAGAGGUACCGGGCACACAUUUUGGUCUACACUGCAUAAAUCACCUGCUAUUACCAACUGUACAGAAUUGGCUUCGUCAAAUAAGUAACGUGAAUACUCACUGGGACAGCGUGAUGCCAAACUUCAAGCAAUGCUGUGGUAUGACCACAGAUACACUUGUUGUGUAUUUACAUCACCUGCAACAGAUCAAUAUUGAACGAUCAACUGUGGAUGAGAAAAAUGAAGGAUCAGAAAUAGAACCAAUCGAAAAUGCUGAAGCAACGUUUGCCUUAAAACAAAUCAUGUUAAUCCUAGUGGAAUGUAUCGCUCAACCACAAGAACCAAUAGCACGGCUAGGAGCGUCGUGUAUAAGGCACAUUAUUCUAACUUCCGGACACCUAUUAACUGACAACCAAUGGCAAGUUAUUUGCAUAAGUUUACACAGAGCUUGUAACGUGAGCUUGGCUCCGCUAAAGCAAAUCACUUUUGCCUUCAAAGAAAACUCGAAUAGCUUUUAUGGUGAUUUAGCUAUAGUCAAAGUAGCUGCUAGACGAGAUUGUUCAGUUAAUGACAAUGUAAGACUGCACGCCAUGGCGCAACAAGUGUUCCUAACAGAGCAGAUGACGGGAGACGGGCAUGUUAAAGUAACUCCUAAGAACUCUUCGCAAAAUCUGAUGUUAAUUGAUGAUAGGAGCUACAUAUUUUUAGUCUAUCUCCAAGAGUCAAUUAAUUCUCUGAACCCAGAGUUAUAUACGAUAAGGAUUCCUCAUAGGGGACUCGUAGUUGGGCUGCUAGCCCAUCAAAUACUGAUUCAAAUUAUUGCAACCGUGCUGAUCCAAGCUUCAUCAGACAUAUUUCAGGGUAUCAACAGUAUUUUACUCGAAAGUCUAAAUACUGGGUCAAACGUAUGCAAUUACAAAUUCUUCCUAAACAAUGAUAAUACAGAACUGUUACUGAGAGCUCUGGAGCUAUCGUUCACGAGGGCCAUGCAGUUUGAUUCGAGGCCAGGUUUGAAAUUCCUUGUCCAAAAAGUAUCCAACCUAGAUCACGCCGCUAACCUCUACAAGCAAACAACCUCCUCUUGGCUUAUUAAAGUGAUUGCUUUGACUGAAAUAUUCUUCAACGGAGUUCACAAAUUUAAACUGAAGUCCACCGACAUAUCUAUCAUUUUACACAACUAUACAACAUCGUUGAACUUGACCCUAGAAUAUGAUCAGUUUGUCACUAAGAUAUUUGAUCUAAAACAAACUUGGGAACUUUUAUGCCACAAUUACGUCAAACACCUGAUAAAUGUCUCGGACUUUGAUGAUCCGGAACUAAAAGAACGAAUGUCUUGCAGUUCAGGUGAAAGUGAUAAUUCCUCGAAUCAUUACGAUCAGUAUUAUGCACAGGAACCUAAUGAAGUUACGGAAGAGCCUCCACCAAUAAACCAAGAAUACAGUAUUACUCCUGAAGACGGUAGUGAAAAGCCCAAACCAUUUACUUUUGCUGAUUUCAAAGCAAAUAGUCAAGGCUCUAUAACUGUAGAAGUGCAUGCUGAAAAUAUACCAAAGACAACAGCCGAAGAAAGCACAGAAGCUCCAGAUAAUGAAGUCGCUAAAGAUCAGAACUCCAAUACGUCUGAUGACAAACCUUUAAAUGAAAUAGAACAAGAAAGCCCAGAAAAAGAUAAGGAAACUCCAACUCCAAUAAAAGAAAAUAAAGGGAGUGUCCCGGACAUAAUUGAAAAUCAUAAUAUAGACACACGUAAAGUCAGCAUUACAAUAUGCGACCCUCCUGCAUACGAGAAAACUAAAGCUGCUGAGCCAAUACUGCCGCCGCAGCCGGUGCCACCGGAGAUAGAACAACAGAGGGCACUGAGUAUUAGCAAGGAUACUGAAGUGCAACGAAAUUGCUUCCAAAAUAUUUUAAUGGCAUAUCUGGAACUGGUCCUGACGUUUUCGCUGGAGAGGUUCCAACUGAUUCAUCCAGUGCUGCAGAACGGGUUCGUGCAGCUCGCCAAAACUGUCACUGACCCGCAACUACUCGAUAGAAUCAAUAUAUUUUUCGAUAAAAAAGACUUAUCUGAACUUAAUUAUAAGUAAUCAAUUAAUUGUGAUAUAUACUACUCACAAUAUAAUAUUAUAUUCCUCGAUUGUUCGGUGUUACGUGCAAAAUAAAAUCAUAUUAUCAAGA